UGUUUCUCCCCCUCUCCCUCUAUUUCACAGAUCAUAGGUUUUGGAUCUGUUAAAAUUGCAGAGUUCAUAGCUGUGCUAGGAAUUCUGUCUAUUGUGGCUCAGACAGCCCUGCUCACCGCCUUGAUGAGGUCGCUGGGGAAGAAGAACACCGUGCUCCUGGGCCUGGGCUUCCAGGCGCUCCAGCUGGCCUGGUAUGGGCUCGGAUCCCAGGCCUGGAUGGUGUGGGCCGCAGGGGCCGUGGCCGCCGUGUCCAGCAUCACCUUCCCGGCGGUCAGCGCCCUGGUCUCGCAGAACGCAGAGUCAGAUCAGCAAGGCGUUGCCCAGGGCAUCAUAACUGGCAUCCGAGGACUGUGUAAUGGCCUGGGGCCAGCGCUGUAUGGCUUCAUAUUCUACAUGUUCCAUGUAGAGCUGACUGAGUUGGAACCAAAACUGAAUUCUAAUAAUGCUGCUUUGCAGGGAGCCCUCGUCCCAGGCCCGCCGUUUUUAUUUGGGGCAUGUAUAGUUCUUAUAUCUUUCCUGGUUGCCUUGUUCAUCCCUGAAUGCAGUCAUGGGGCUAAGAAACACAGCAACAGCGUCAGCGGCACUGUGACCGACACCCCGGAGCAGGGCAGUGACGAGGACGUUGAGCCCCUGCUGCCGAAUGGCAGCAUCUGGGGCCUCGCUGCCUUCGAGGAGCCAGGGAGCCAGUGCACCGAGCUGUGAGGGCAGAAGGGAGACCUGCAGGCGCUGUCUCUCUGAAGUCGCCUGGAGCCACACCGCGGGGAGACUUUCUGGUGCUGGAGGGGAGAUGCAGUGGCAUCCUUCAGGGCCAAGUUUGAUGAUAACCCCCUUCCCCCCCUCCCCCGCUUCUGUUCCUUUUCUUCCAUUCUUUUUCUUUCCGUUUGUACAUUAGAACAAGUUAGGAUUUGAAAUACGUUGCUGCAAACAGUAAGCAACUCUCACAGUUAUUUGGAGUUCCGCUUUGAAAUUCAAAUGGGAAAGGUCACGUCUCUGAGAAAGGGUGGCUUUCCGUCCUCACCUCCAGGGACGAGGGGCAGCAGCCCCAGGUCCUGUUCCAGAGUUGCUGCAGGGCUGGGGAGGGACUGCCAUCCACGCCAGAUUCGAGGGGAAGAAUCCCUUCUUGUCUUCCUCUUUCCUGCUUCCCUGAAAAGUGCACGUGGCCCACAGGUGUGGAGGAGUGGGUGCUCCUAGAGCCACUCAGCAUUGGGGACCUAUUGCCUUUGUUCAAAGGUCAAACAAAGCUGGGUCUUAUUCCCCUUUCCUUGUCUCUGCUUAAUAUUCUUGGCUAGAAUGAAAUCCAGCAUCCACACCUGGGUACCCGUGAUACUGAUCCGUGAUGCCCUUUACCAGUGAAGAAAAUGUUUCCUACAGGUUUAAAUCUUGAAGAAAUAGCAAUUCAGAUUCCUUGACCGAGUGUCUUGGUCUGAUCCGAGGGGAUGUUACAGAAGCACACAGCAGGCAUCCGGUGCUUCUGUGGAAGUGCCCACAUGGCAACACUCCUCGGUGAACGGAGGAGGGGCGGUGCCGCGAGUUCCCGGUGCAGACUCGGUGCGGGACUGUGUCCCUCCCACACCGUCCUCUCGGUUCUCGGUCAUCACCUUCUGCCUUAACUGCCUGUGUGCACGCGUCUGUGUUCAGUAGGUCUCUCUUUCCACCUGUGUGUCUGACAUUUGACUCUCAUGGGAAUAUGCACAUCAAAUUCCUUUCUGCAAAGGGUGGUUUAGGAAACUCAGUUUCACAGUAAGUGUCUCGCUAAUUUUUCAAAAUGUUUUACAGACAAAGAAAACUAGAUUUCCAUGCAUUUUGUUGCAACAGUAAAUGAACCCUUCACUAGGCCUACCUUGUGCCUGCGAAGGGUUUAUAGAUAUGAAAUGUAUGUAGAUAUUUUUAAGGGGUUUUAAAUUUUUUUGAUGGAGUGCUGUGCAAAUCAAGUAUUUAUAAAUGUAAUGAAGGUAUUGACAAAAAAUAUAUAUGUAACUUUUAUAAAGGAUUAUUGUGUACUGCUUGAAUACAUUUAAAAGAAAAUAUAUUUUGAAACCUGCUCUGCUAUGAACAAAAAUGACAUAUCUUUUUACUAUGCUGUUGGUUUUAAGUUAAGCUUCCUGAUGCACAAUAAAUUGUACUGGGUAC